CGGAGGGAUAAAAAGCCAAUCCACUCGCAGAUCAGCUUUGUGUCUGGUUUCUAUCCUGAGUACGACUGUGCCAAAGUUCAACGCUCACAAACGGCGGACAAUAGGAGAAAGAAGACACUGGACUAGAUGUUCUGGAGCAGAUUGUGUGUGACCCUGAGACAGAUGAAAGCAAACACCUGAGAGUAUUCAGGUAGAGCAGCGCAGCAGGAUUCCGUCCAUCGGCAGCGACCUCAGUUUUAAUUGACCCAAACCAACAUGGCCACCAGGAAGGCGGCGGUCCAGCGAAGGAUCGUGUCCAAAGACGGCCACAACAACGUCCGGAUCGACAACGUGGAGGGAAUGGUGAAGCUGUACCUGCACGACAUCUGGACCACCGUGGUGGACAUGAAGUGGCGCUACAAGCUCACUCUGUUCGCCUCCACCUUCGUCAUGACCUGGUUCAUCUUCGGGGUCAUCUUCUACUUCAUCGGCAUGGGCAACGGAGACUUCGAGGCCACUCUGAAUUCCAGCCACGUUCCCUGCGUGAUGCAGGUGGGGACGCUCACCGGCGCCUUCCUGUUCUCCCUCGAGUCGCAGACCACCAUCGGCUACGGGUUCCGCUACAUCUCCGAGGAGUGUCCUCUGGCUAUCUUCACUCUGGUGGCUCAGCUCGUCAUCACCGGCCUGGCCGAGAUCUUCGUCACCGGCGCCUUCCUCGCCAAGCUGGCUCGGCCCAAGAAACGAGCGGAGACCAUCAAGUUCAGCCAGUCGGCGGUGAUCUGCUGCCGCCAAGGGAAGCUGUGUCUGAUGGUGAGGGUGGCGAACAUGAGGAAGAGUCUUCUGAUCCAGUGCCAGCUGACGGGGAAGCUCCUCCACUCCAAUGUGACGGAGGAAGGCGAGAAGACGCAGGUCCACCAGAGCUCCGUGGACUUCUUUAUGGACUCCAGCAGCGAGUGCCCGUUCCUCAUCCUCCCGCUCACCUUCUACCACGCUCUGGACGAGCGCAGCCCGCUGGCGGGGCUGAACGCCGAGAACCUGCUCACCCGAGAGUUCGAGCUGCUGGUCACCCUCAACGCCACCAUGGAGUCGACGGCAGCCACGUGCCAGAGCCGCACCUCCUACGUUCCCCAGGAGAUCCUCUGGGGCUACGAGUUCAAGCCGGUGCUGUUCAGCACCACCAGCGGGCGCUACGUGGCGGACUUUAACUUUUUUGACAAAGUACAAGUGAGCAACGACGCAGCGUUCCUCAGUAACAACACAGAGAAAUUGAAACUGGAGGAGGACUUUAAGAAAGAGUAAAGGACGCUUGUGUUUGUGAUGUUUGAUGUAACUGUGAUGUGUUAGUUGGGUCUGGAUGUUAUAUUGGAGGACUAACAGUUCAUUUUUGUACAAUAUUGUAUAGAAUGUGAUUUCCCCCCCCCCCC